AUGGUGACGGCAAUAUGUAUAGAUAAUGGUAAAAGAGGGUUAUUACGUUCAUCGCAAAGAAGAAAGAGCUUAUCUUCAGAGAAACCAAAAUGUUCAGUUGCCUUUUGUGAGACUGUUGAAUUCCGUACUAUUUAUGUUUCACGAAUAGAGAGACUUGGACAAUUUUAUGACCUUAACAAUUGGGAUAUAUCCACUGAAGAAGGAGAUGACUAUAAACAGAAUAUAUUAGUUGACUUUGUAGCUCAGUGUAUACCAUUAAAAGAUUUUGAUGGGCAAACGGGAGAUAGGAGAAUUAAAAGAUCACUUUGGAGAUGUGGGAACUAUGAAGAUUCAUUUACAGUAUCAUGGUUAGACUCAGUAAUUCAAGAGAACAAUUCAAUUGAAACAGAAGAUCAAGAAUGUCUCGUUGAGUUUACUGAUAAUCUCAAACAGCUACAGAUGGGUAAUACCUGUACUCAUAUGUGUUUUGAUGAAUUUAAUGAUGAAUAUAAAGGAGAUUUAGGAGAUACUUUGCAUCAAGAAGUUAACUUUAAUUUAGACUUGUAA